UCACAACAUAUACCAAGACACACACACAGACACGCACACGGGGCUGCUGCAAUCCCAUGAGCUCUUGUUGACAGGCGCGUUGGUUCAUGAGCUGGUGUCCUCCGGUGCUCUACGAUAGUGGCCAAAGAAUACAUCACUUCGACUCGGCUGUUCCUUCGAUCCCCCGCACUUCGAUGUCCUCCCCUCUUCGGCAGGAUGGAGUGCGUGUGAGUUCCCCGAGAAGAGACGUCAUCUGUAGUUGUUUAGUCAGCGGGAAUAUGUCAUAAAAAGUGUGGUGGAAAAGAAUGUAAGCAGCAGUGAGGGGAAAUGUUGCAGCGUCCCGUAAAUUCUCACACGUGCACCACCGGAGGCCUUUGUGGACUGGCUAAGUGUCAAAAACCAGAGUUACAAUGUCCUCAAUACGAUGAUCUGGUAACGUUGGUGUCGAAGAAUUCAUCGUAGAAGUUACCAAAUGGGAGAACAGGUGAAGAGGAAAAGAAGAAAAGAUGCCCAUUUUGCUAAUCAGAUAAAAUGGUGUCUCUCUGAGUGGUGUUAAUACCCGAAUGACAUAACAGGCUAAAAAUAUACACCGUUGAGGUUAUAUAACGUAAGAAUAGAUGUGAUGGACAGAAACAUAGAUGACCACGGUGCUAAUAAUAUGAAAUAGAGUGCCGUCAUAACUUCCCGAAUGACAUAACAGGCUAAAAAAACAUCAAGGUUAUAUAACUUAAAAAUGGACGAAGAGGAAAGAAAAAAACGAUACCUAGCUUGAUGAUAAGAUGAAAAAGUCCUACCAAGAGUGCUGCUUAUAGUGAGUACUGUUGUGACCCAAAUGACAUAACACACUCAAGAAGAAAAAAACAUUACUGAGGCCAUGGAGGACAACACCGCAAGAGAAACAAAUGCAAGUCAAGGCUAAUCCCUCAACCUCACGUCCUUAGACUUAUUACAAAUUCGCGCGCGUGUGUGUGUGUGUGUGUGUGUGUUGAGAGGACUCCUUGCCCGAAGUGAGGAAAAGAGUGCCAAGUAAGUGUCACCUGAACCACCACUUGCGGGAACAAUUGGCAUCGGUUGGCCCAUAAAAAACAGUAGCUGGGUGCCCACAACAGACGCCGACGCAACGGAGAAGACACGUCCCGAGGAAGAGGAGAACGAGCGCUGUGGAUUAUCCUGACGAAGGGAAGAAGUGUUAGAAGUGAACGGCCAUACUUGUAAAAAAAAUAAAGAAGUUAGACAAGAAAAAUAAAGAAUUGGCGAUAUUGUAACGAAGAUAACACGUCCCGAGGAAGAGGAGAACGAGCGCUGUGGAUUAUCCUGACGAAGGGAAGAAGUGUUAGAAGUGAUCGGUGAUACUUGUAAAAAAAAUAAAGAAGUUAGACAAGAAAAAUAAAGAAUUGGCGAUAUUGUAACGAAGAUAACACGUCCCGGAGAAGAGGAGGACGAGCCCUGUGGAUUAUCCUGACGAAGGGAAGAAGUGUUAGAAGUGAUCGGUGAUACUUAUAAAAAAAAUAAAGAAGUUAGACAAGAAUAAUAAAGAAUUGGUGAUAUUGUAACUAAGAUAACACGUCCCGGAGAAGAGGAGAACGAGCCUUGUGGAUUAUCCUGACGGAGGGAAGAAGUGUUAGAAGUGAUCGGUGAUACUUAUAAAAAAAAUUAAAGAAGUUAGACAAGAAUAAUAAAGAAUUGGUGAUAUUGUAACUAAGAUAACACGUCCCGGAGAAGAGGAGAACGAGCCUUGUGGAUUAUCCUGACGAAGGGAAGAAGUGUUGGAAGUGACCAGUGACUAAAUAAAAUAAAAAAGAAAUAGAAAGAAAAAGGAAAACAAUAGCAAACUAACUAAUCAAGAAAAGGAAGAAAAAAUCACUGUGGAUUAUCCUGACGAAGGGAAGAAGUGUUGGAAAUGACCAGUGAUAAAAUAAAAUAAAAAGGAAAUAGAAAGGAAAAGGAAAACAAUAUAAAACAAACUAAUCAAGAAAGGGAAAGAAAAAUAGUCACUGUGGAUUAUACUGACAAAGGAAAUAAGUGAACAAAUAUAAGUGAUCAUUGAUAUUAGUGAAAAAAAAAGGAAAAGAAGAAAAGAAAAAGCAAUAGAUAACAAACUAAUCAAGAAAAAGAAAACAAAACCGUCAUUGUGGAUUAUACUGGAAAAGGAAUUAAGUGCUGUGCGUGAUCGGUGAUUCUAGAGAGAGAGAAAAAAAAGGAAUCAAAGUAAAAUAAAGAGAAAAAAUCGACAAGAAACCAAGAAAAAUAUAGAGAAUUGGUAACACUGGGACGCAAAAUAACACAUCCCUAAAAAAAAGGAAGAAAAUAAAUGAACAAGCGUGACUGAUCGCUGAUAGUUGUAAAAAAAAGAAAAAAAGAAAGAAAACACACUAGAAAGUAAACCACAUAGACAUAUAAAAAACAGGUGAUAUUGAAACGAAGAAAACACGUCACUGUGGUUUGAACUGAAGAAGGAAAUAGGUAAACAGGUGUAAGUGAUCGGCGAUAUCUGUGAAAACAAAAAUAACGAGAAAAAAUAGAAUUGUAAACCAACCAAUAGAAAAAUAAAGAUCUCAGUGAUAAAAAAACACACAGAAACAAAGACCGAUUGAAAAGACACAAACUGAACUACUCAAAAGAAAACAAAGAGUGAGAGAAACAAAGAAAGAAAGAAAACAAAACACAAAGUAGGAAAGAGGAACAAUAGAGUAUCAGUGUUUUGUGAAUAAAUAAACAAAAAAUACAACCUCCACUACCUAAAAGAAAACAAAGAGUGAGAGAAACAAACAAACAAAGAAAGAAAAAAACAGAACACAAAGUAGCAAAGAGGAACAAUAGGCUAUCAGUGAUUUGUGAAUAAAUUAAAAAGACAUAAUUUAAACUACCCAUAAGAUAAGAAAGAUAGAGUAUAUAUAAAUCAAACUAACAAAGAACAAAAAAAUAAAGAUACCAGUGAUAGGGAAACAAAGAAAAAACAAAACAGAUAAAAAACAAUAGAUUCCUAACUAUUCAAGUGACCUAAAUCGACCUGUACCAGAAAAAAGAAAAAAACUUAUAUUACCACACAUACAAAAAAUAAACGAAGAGAGAGCGCAAGAAAAGACGUAGAAAGGGAAACAUUAAACUACGAUAACCUUAUAUACGUAAACAUAAACAAAGGAAAAGAGAGAGAAGAAAAUAAAAAAAACUAAGCCAAAAUAAACAUUAAAAUACCAAUCUGACAUUUCCACAUCGACGCAAAGAGAAAGAGAGUGAAGGAAAUUCAAAACACACAAAGAAAAAAAAGAAAAAGCAAACCAAAACAAACCUUAAACUACACAACUGACGUAUCUUCAUCAACGUAAAGAGACAAAGUGAAGAAAAACUAACAGAAAAACAAAAUACAAGACACACAAAGAAAAGUAAACAAAAAAGUGCAACAGGAACGUCACUCAAAAACAACUCUCUCUCUCUGACACUCUCUAUCUAUCUAUCUAUCUAUCUCUCAAACCACUGUUACCAAACGGAGGAAUUCUUGUGCUUAAGUCUGUGAGAGUGUGUGAGGGCCUAUCUCUCUCUCACUCUCUCUCACUCUCUAUCUAUCUAUCUAUCUAUCUCUCAAACCACUGUUACCAAACGGAGGAAUUCUUGUGCUUAAGUCUGUGAGAGUGUGUGAGGGCCUAUCUCUCUCUCACUCUCUCUCACUCUCUAUCUAUCUAUCUAUCUAUCUCUCAAACCACUGUUACCAAACGGAGGAAUUCUUGUGCUUAAGUCUGUGUGUGAGUGUGUGAGGGACUAUCUCUCUAUCUAUCUAUCUAUCUCUCAAACCACUGUUACCAAACGGAGGAAUUCUUGUGCUUAAGUCUGUGAGAGUGUGUGACGGACUAUCUCUCUCACUCUCUCUCUCUCUAAGUACUGAUACCAAAAGGAAGAAUUCUUGUGCUUCAGUCUGUGUGUCUGUGAGGGAAGGCGAUCACGAGGGGCCUGAACGCGCUAGAGUCAGCCUUGUAAGAUGAAUUUUCUCUACUACAAGGGAUUUGGCGACGAUAAAACCUCCUCAUCUCACGUCGGCUACAAGAAAAAGAAGGAUCCGAGGAAGAAGAACAGCGCCUUCCAGCAUGGCAUUGAAGUCCACAGAACCGAUACCUUCGCAUGUUGUGGGUUGACUCAGGCCAAGCCGAACCGCGUCCACGCCCAUGGCCGUCUAUUCUACGUGUUGCCAGCCCCACCCGAGCCUGUCCCGUCGUGGGUGUAGCCAUAAGGACUGAGCCUCACCUUUACCCCUCCGCCAGGUACCUUCCAUCCCCACCCUCACGUGAAGAAGACCUCUAUGUUCCUGCCGUCCACACCCACCCCGACAGGUCACGCCGCUGGGUGCGAGUGUGAGCUCUGCAGCACGGAGUUCCCCCUUCGCACCCACCUGCUCAUCGACAUGUCCUACUCGAGGCUGAAUCAGGACCAGCAGUCGACUCCCAAGACCAGCACGGGAUCCAGGUUCAGCUUCUUCAGCCGCAAGAAGACCUCGAGUCCCAACGCGGCUGCCCACGCCGCGGCCGCCCUCGCGCUGUUCAGGGAACAACAGAGGCAGGCUGCUCUAAGGGCGCUGAAGCAGGCGGAGGAGGAAGAGGCAGCGAUGGCGUCCAAUUCGCGGGACCCCGUUACGCUCAGCAGCCUCAAGCAGGACUCCCUCAUGAUUCCCGCGACGCGCAUGGCCCAGUUCUUCCCGGCAGGACACCCGAUCCCGACGAGCACCAGCCACGGACGUCUGCGGCUGCUGGAGGCGCCUGAGCAGAACCUCCACGUCGUCUUCCACAUGAUGGGCCCCGCCGCGCACAUCACCCCCGCCCUAUGCUCCCCCCUGCACGACCUAUAUACCCAGCAACGAGACAGUGUGAUUAGGGCUUUCCGGGCGGCGGUGGGCGGGGCAGGGACCAGCGGCGGGGCUCUGCAGGGCAUGGUGCUGCUCAACCUGGAGAGGGGCGGCGAGAUGGGGGCAGUGGAGUACCCCUUCAUGCUGGUGUGGGUGGUGGAUGGACGGCAGUGCGACGCCCGCCUCGUCAUCAGCAAGCUUCGGCAACUGAGUCUGGAGGAGUUCGACCCCGCUAAGACCGGCUUCUCCUGCCCCCACUACUUCGAUACUUAUGAGGAGGUGGCGAUGCUGGCACGACCCCCGCUUGCAGAAAAGCUGGCGCGCAAGCCCACCUCCUCCUCCACGGGUUACAUCCUCACUGUCUUCAAAGUCUUCGAGGGCGACGAUAGUGUCAAGUUCGAGAGGAAUUGGCUCAACUGGACUGGGGCUCGAACGCUGUACAAGAGUCUUAGCAGCGAGGUGGGUCUGCGCCGCCUCACUCUGCACAAGUCGAGACCUCAGGGCGGCUUCCUCCACUACGUCCUGCUCUGCGACUGUUCCAACUUCCUCAAGUCCAUCCACCAGGCUGUGCGCGCUAUUCCGACCCUCAGGAUGCGACUCUGCGGCGACAUGGGACUCUAUAGACCUAUCUCGACCUUCUGAGAGAUUAAAAAAUUAUGCUAGUAGAUGAAAAAUGGGUUAUGAUCGUCUUCUAGGUCAAUGGACUGAUAAUAAGGAGUUGAAAGGUCCUGACAAGAGUAUCAGAAGCUUGUGGACCCAUAAAGACCUAUUUCCACCUUCUGAGAGAUUAAAAAAUGAUGCUA